ACGGAAUCUCCCCGUUCGAUCGCGCGGGCCUCGUGGAUUCCAUCACCUUCGGCUACGGUCUGCCCCUCAUGCGCGUUGGCGCCAACAAAGUUCUGGAGGCGGCGGACCUCCCCGCCAUAGGAGCCCAAGACCGGGCCUCCCGUGCAGUGGAGAGGGUCCUGAGCGCCUGGCUGGUGGAGCAGGAGCUGGGGCCCACCAGGGCCAGCCUCUGGCGAGCUCUCUACCAUGCGUUCCGGCGCAAGUUCUGGCUCGCGGCUGGCUGGUGCUUCCUGGAGAGCUGCUGCCGCCUGGCCCAGCCCAUCCUGCUGCGCUCGAUCCUGCACGCGCUGGCCCAGGACCAGGUAGAGGAGCUCUACGCCUGCACAGUGGGGUUGGUAGUGGUCUCUUUUUUGCAGGCUGUCGUCCAUCACCAGCUCUUCUUUGCCACCAUGACGGGCGGUUGGCAAGUCCGCACUGGCUUGACCGGCGUGCUGCACUGGAAGCUCCUGCGCUUGCAGACAUCAGUGUUGCAGUCGGAGAAGAUCGCCGACUGUUACAAUCUGGUGGCGAACGACAUCCAGCGCUUCGACGCCUUCUUGCCUUUCGCGCACUUUGCCUGGACUGCCUUCCUCGACCUCGCGGUUGUGGUGGUCGUAUCAGUGCUGUUGGUGGGGUGGGUCGCGAGUGCCGUCGGAAUAGUCGUCGUGCUGGGCUCGAUCGCCAUCAUGGUCUUCUUCGGCAAGCGCUUUGCUCGCCGGCGGAAGAUCACAGCAGCGAUCACGGACGAGCGUUUGAGGGUCACUUCCGAGGUCAUCGCGGCGGUAAUGAACGUCAAGGUGUACUGCUGGGAGGAAGCCUUCAUCGAGCGCAUCCGCGCCAUUCGGCAGCGGGAGCACACCUCCAUUUUCCGCCGCCAGCAGAUGGUUGCCACAGCCAGCGCGAUCUCCUUCAGCUUGGUCCCCGCGGCAUCGCUCUUCCUCUUCCUGACCUUCAUCGCCCAGGGCGAGGCCCUGACGCUCGAGGCCGUCUACACGGUGCUGUCGCUCUUCAUGGUGUUGCGCGUCAGUUUCGGCAAGAGCUUCAAGAACGUGAUGCAGUUCGGGCCCGAGUGCCAUGCAGCCGUGGUGCGCCUGCGCCUCUUCCUCCUGCAGCCGCAGGUGCCGCUGCGGCCCGUGGUGCCCCUGGAGGGCCCUGGCGGCCCGGUCCUCGACGCCCGGGGCGCCUCGUACCUCUGGCCGGGCAGCGGGGCGCAGGCCCUCACCGAGGUGAGCGCUCGCCUCCACAAGGGCGAGCUGAUGGUCGUCGCGGGCCCGGUCGGCUGCGGGAAGAGCGCGCUGCUGCAGGCCCUCCUCGGGGAGCUGCACCGCUCGAGCGGCUCCGCGACCCUGCGCGGGGCCGUGGCGUACGCCCCCCAGGCGCCGUGGAUCAUGGCGGGCACCCUCCGCAGCAACAUCACCAUGGGCGCCGGCGCCUCCGAGGAGAGUGGUACGACGAGGUCCUCGCAGCCUGCAGCCUGAAGGCGGACGUGCUGCAGCUGGGCCCCGCGGGCGACGGUACGGAGAUCGGCGAGCGGGGCGUCAACCUCUCGGGCGGCCAGCGGGCGCGCGUGGGCCUGGCGCGGGCCGUCUUUGCUCGAGCGGACGUGGUCCUGCUGGACGAUCCGCUAUCGGCCGUGGACCCCUCGGUCUCGGUGCAGCUCGUCGAGAGGUGCAUCAGGGGCAGGGUCCUGGCCGACGCCGGGGUGGUCCUGUGCACGCACCAGGCGAGCGUCUUCUCCCUCGCGGACGUCCUCCUCCUCCUCGACGAGAGCGGAGGCGUGCGGGCGUGCGGGAGGCCGCGCGAGGUUGCCGAAGCCUGCGGGCUGACGCUCGAGGCCGCCGCGCC